AGAACCGUCAACCAGUUCUUCAGGCCACAUGCAAACGUUCCACAUGCAAAUCGCUCAAAAAUCAUUUUUCGAUAAUUUUUGAGAUAAUUUUAGGGUUUUUGUGUCAAAAUGAGAGUAACGUGCAAUGGGAAAAUCUAAACAAAAGAGAUUUAAAGUAAAGCAACAACGUCCAACUGGUCUUCCUAGUGUCAAAGACUUUGAAACUGAGAUUGAAUUUGAAGAAACGUCAACAACAAACUUUUCUCUCCAACCGAUUAUUGAACAGUUAUCAAGUGUGAAUGAGGAAACCAGAGAAUGUGGUUGUGCUUCUCUAGCCAACCUUGUAUCUAACCCAGCACAUAUUAACAUACUACUACAAAAAGAUUGUAUCAAGAUAUUGGCACCAUUAUUUGUAGAUACCAGUCCUCAAGUUAGCAUAAAGGCAUUAGGAGCAGUCAGGAAUAUAACAGUUGAUGGAGGCAUUGAUGCAUGUGAAGUUCUAGUCAAGAAGGAUGUAUUGACCCCACUGGUGGCCUUGUUUUCACAGUUUGAAGUCGGUUGGAACCCUGAUCAAAUUAGUUUGAAAAAGCUUCGGGAUUUAAGAAUAGAAAUAUUUACAGAAGCAACUCAUAUAUUAUGGAAUUUGUGUGAAGCUUCAGAGGCAGCUGUGAAGAUAUUCAACAAGGAAAAUUUGGUCCAUUUGUUGUGGCCGUGUUUACAGUAUAAAAUAUAUGGCUAUGAAUUGUCUAUUGCUGUUGCACAAUGUCUACAGACUGUGACAGAGGAGAAUAAAGAACUUAUUGCAUUAUGCAGACUACCAGACAAAGCAAGUUUAUUAGAGAGUAUUAUAGCCGAUGAUGCCUUGUCUUCCCAGCAUGCAUUGCUGAAAACUUUAGUUGUUGGUAUUAUAACCAAUAUAAGUGAUGAUGAUUUUACUUCCAACAAUCUCCUGACAGUAGUUGUACAGACUUUAUCUCAUGUUCUAAUGGUUGAUGCUGUGGAAGUUUUGAGAAAUGAUGUACAUGGAAAUAUUCAGGAAACAACAAAUGGAAAUGGACAUGCUGAAAAACCACAAGAAAAAGAAAAACAAAAGACUGAGAAGAAAUCAACAACAGGAAGUACUGAGAAUGUAACGAACAUACUGAAGGCACAACAGAUUGCACUGGAGAUUAUUACUAACAUUUGCUGUUCAGAAGAUGAUUGGGAAGAGGUUGACACCAGUGAGUCAAGUUCUGAUGAAAUGUCAGUAGAUGUUAACAUGGAGGAAACAUCUGAGAAUUUCUCAUCAUCAGAUGUAUCAACUGAGGUACAAAAUGCUAUCACAUCAAACCAUAUAUUUACAAAAGUAUUACAGAAAAUAGAGCCAGUUGAAAUAGUGCCAUUAUUACAAAAUAUAGACAAACAAACUGAUAUUUUGAAAAGUUUUGAAAGGUUACAGAUUUAUGCCUUGCUAUGUUGUAACAACUUAGUCAGUUCUUUAGAGAUAACACAUCUUGGAGGAAUGGAUAAUUUACACACUGUCUGGAGUGGAUUAGUCAAAUUGUCAUCAUCACAGAUUGUUAUGAAAAAUCUUGAAUUGUUAGAGGCUGUUACUAGCUGUAUGAGGGCUGUUGUCCAAAAACUUGCCGACCUGGAAUCACCUAAGCUGUUAGAAGUUUCACCACAGGAUUUACAGUUUCUAUAUGAAAUGGAACAGCAAUGUGGACAGUCAGAUAUUAAAGUUAACGCUGUUAGAAUAGUAUCCACCAUUGGUUGUGUGUUUGCUAAAGAACUUCAACCAAAUUCAUUUCUUAAGGAUGUUGGUAUGUUUUUAUUGGAGAUAUGUUGUAAGGAGAAUGAUCUGAGGGUGAUAGCAGAAUCUUUAGAUGCCAUGUUUGAUGUUUUUGGAGAAGACCAUUUAGACCCUAUAGUGCGAGAAAUACAGAUGGUAGAAAAAUUAAAAACAUUGCUGCCUUCAUUGAAAUCGCAGCUGAGUACGACAAUAUCUAAUGAUGAAAUUACCAAACAAUCAUGUGGAUCUAAUCCAGCUGAUAUACAUUUCCUACUGGAUUCAUCUGGUAGUGUAGGUUCACCAAACUUUCAAAAACAAAAAGACUUUGUGGCAAAAUUCGCAGAUCAAUUCACAAUUGGACCAAAAAAUGUGCAAAUAGGAGUAACGACAUUUUCUUCCACAACGCAUCCACAGUUUUUCAUGAACAAAUACCAUGAUAAAACAUCAUUAGUGAAUGCCAUAAAAGCAGUGCCUUACCAAUCUGGUAAUACACACACUGACGAAGCCCUUAAAUGGGUCGAUCAACAUGCUUUUACCUCUGCCGCUGGUGAUAGGCCGGGUGUUGUAAACAUUUUAAUUGUUAUGACCGAUGGUCAGUCAGGAAAUCCACCCCAGACUGUUAUCGAAGCUGCCAAACUACACGGACAUAACAUUCGAGUGUUCGCCAUAGGUAUUGGAAACGGUAUUAGACGUACAGAACUUGAAAAAAUAGCUUCCGAUAACGCUCAUGUUUUCACAGUGACGAAUUUCGAUGCUCUACAAACACUACAAGCAGAGUUGAAGAAAACAGCUUGCAAAGUCGAUGGGGUAUACUCUUCAUACGGCGGUUGGAGUAAAUGCUCUAAAACUUGUGGUGGUGGAACCAAACACAGAGAUAGGACAUGUACAAAUCCUAAGCCAGCGAAUGGUGGAAAGAAUUGUGUAGGACCUGCUAGAGAUACUCAACCAUGUAACGCUCAAGCUUGUCCAACACUACCACCUCCAACUACUACACAGAUUCCGACAACAACACUGAAAUCCUGCGGAACAGUACCUGCUGAUAUACACUUUUUAUUGGAUGCCUCUGGGAGUGUAGGUUCUUCAAAUUACCAAAAACAAAAAGAUUUCGUAGCCAAAUUUGCAGAUUCAUUUACGAUCGGACCACAAAAUGUUCAAAUAGGAGUAACUACCUUUUCCUCCCAAGUUCACAAUCAAUUUUUCAUGAAUAAAUACAACAGUAAAGCUCCUUUGGUAAGCGCUAUCAAAGCAAUGCCUUAUCAAUCGGGAGGUACAAACACUGAUACUGCUAUUAAAUACGUUGAUGGGAAUGCUUUCACUAAACCACACGGUGACCGAGAUCAUGUUGUGAACAUUUUGAUAGUCAUGACAGACGGACAAUCUGCACAUCCACCAAAAACCGCGGCUGAGGCGAAAAUUCUCCAUGGACAUAACGUCAAAGUGUUUGCUAUUGGAAUUGGUAAUGGAAUUAAACGACCAGAAUUGGAAACAAUAGCCACAGAUAGCGCUCAUGUAUUUACUGUACAGAACUUCGACGCCCUAAAUACACUCCAAGCUGAGCUAAAGAAAACGGCAUGCAAAGUUGAUGGUGGCUGGACUAAAUACGGUUUCUGGAGCCCGUGCUCGAAAACUUGUGGUAGUGGAACCCACUACAGGGAAAGAACCUGCUCCAACCCACCUCCUGCUAACGGUGGAAAGAACUGUGUAGGAGCUGCCAGAGAUACCCAACCAUGUAACACACAGCCUUGUCCGACAACUCCACCACCCACCACAAGACCACCAACAACACCAUAUAUUGCAACAACAACAUUGGCGAAAAGCUGUGGAGUUGUUCCAGCUGAUAUAGUUUUCAUUCUUGACUCAUCUGGAAGUGUAGGUUUACCAAAUUUCAAUAAGAUGUUAGAUUUUGUCAAAAAUAUGAUCAAAGGUUUCGACAUUGGACCAACUGGAGCUCACAUUGGUCUUGUCACUUUUAGUUCCAAACCUCAUCUUGAGUUCCAUUUGAAUAAAUUCACCGACAAAGCCAAGACAACAGCUGGAGUAACAAAUAUUCACUAUAUUUCUGGUGGUACAAACACUGCUGACGCUCUUAAAUAUGCCAGAACAACUAGCUUCUUACCGGCCAAUGGUGCCAGAGGUAAUGCAGCUAAAAUUGCUAUAGUUAUUACUGAUGGUAAAUCACAGUCUCCACCAGCAACUGCCCAAGAGGCACAGAGAUUGAGAGACCAAGGAGUAACCGUCUUCUCUGUUGGAGUUGGAACUGGACCUAAUUUACCCGAACUGAAUGCCAUGGCAACAGACCCUAAUAACCAACAUGUGUUUGUUGUAAACAAUUUCGAUGCGUUGACACAAAUCAAAGGAACACUGCAACAGAAGGCUUGUGAAGUCAAAGCAACUACCAUUCCUCCACCAGCUAAAAAUUGUGGUUCUAAAGCCGACAUUGUGUUCCUGUUGGACUCUUCCGGUAGUGUAGGAUCCACAGACUUCAAGAAAAUGUUAGGAUUUGUAGAAGGUGUUGUAGACAAAUUUACAAUUGGUCCAAACGAUAUUCAGGUUGGUGUUGAUACUUUCCAAAGUACAGUAAAGAAAGAGUUCAAUAUGAACCAGUACCCCGACAAAAAUGCAAUGAAAGCUGCAGUAAAAAAUAUUGCUUAUCACGGCGGUGGAACCAAUACUGGUCCAGCUAUAAAGUUCAUGACCGACAACAGCUUCAGUACAGCGGCAGGUCACAGGGCCGGUGUUCCUAAGAUUGCCAUCGUUAUCACUGAUGGAAAUUCAGCAAACAGAGCUAAUACUUUGGCAGAGGCACAGAAAGCGCGUGCUAGCGGUAUGCAAGUUAUUGCUAUUGGUGUCGGUCAUGGUAUUAACCAAGGAGAAUUGGAAGGCAUUGCUAGCAAACCAAAAAGCCAGUUUGUCUACAAUGCUGAAAAUUUCGAUGUACUGAACACACUUCAAGCAUCUUUGUCCUCAAAGACUUGUGAAGCAUCCACUCCUCAAAAUGCAACAAAAGACUGUGGCACUGUAGCCGAUAUAGUUUUCACGCUUGAUUCCUCUGGCAGUGUUGGUAAAUCUAACUUUGACAAAAUGCUAGCUUUCGUCAAAACAAUGGUCAAGGGAUUCAAUGUAGGACAGAACAAAAUCCGUAUUGGUAUUCAAACUUUCAGCAACAGGGCUAAAGUAGAGUUCAACUUAAACAAGUUCGCUGACAAACAGGCAGUUAUGACUGCAAUUGACCAUAUUCCAUAUGUGUCUGGUGGUACAAACACUGGAACUGCCCUUAAAACAUUGUACAGCAAAAUGUUUACUCAGGCUAAUGGUGACCGUCCAGGUAUUCCUAAUAUUGGUAUUGUUAUCACCGAUGGGCGAUCAAAUAACCCACCAAAUACUGCUACUGAAGCCAAAAAUCUACACAAGCAGAAUGUUGAUGUGUUUGCCGUAGGUAUUGGCAAAGGUAUUGACAAAAAUGAACUGAACACAAUUGCUACUGAUCCAGAUAAUACCCACGUAAUGACAGUGGACAACUUCGACAAACUUCAACAAAUUACAGCUGGCUUCCAGGCAAGAACCUGCCAAAAUAUUCCACCAACUGCCCCCUCAUUCAUACCAACAAAAUCUCCUCGUCCAAACCUUGACCCAUGUCAAGAUAAACUAAGCAACUGUCAACAGUACGGAUUAAGCACAUGCUCAGAUCCAAAUUACUCUAAAUGGGCAAAUGAAAACUGUGAGAGGUUCUGUGGAAUCUGUAAAACACAAAGUCCAACUCUGCCACCACCAUGUGAAGACAAUCCAACAAUUGCAUGUAGCAAAUUCCAGGCCAGUACUUGUAGUAGUCCAGAUUACAAACAAUGGGCACAUGAUAACUGCAGGCAAUACUGUGGAUUCUGUUCACCUGGAGCUAAAGGAAUAACAGGAUUUUAUGGAACAUGUUCCUACAAUGGUAAACAGUACAAACAAGGAGAAACAUGGAAUGAUGGCUGUGCCUAUGAAUGUACUUGCGAUGAUGCCAGUCGAGGAUCAUACAGCUGUUAUAAUAAGUGUCCAGCAUAUUAUAAUCUGCCACCACAGUGUACAUUGACAAAAACUCCAGGCAAAUGUUGCCUAGAACCAGUCUGUAACUUCAAUCCAACAUUCCAGACUACAACAGGACAAAAUGUCGCCAAUGUUAAUGGCAUUAACAAGUGUGUAUAUGCAGGCAAAUCAUAUUUCCAGAGUCAGACAUGGCAAGUUGGUUGUGAAUAUGAAUGUAUUUGUGAUGAUGCUGGAGCUGGACUAUGGUCCUGUCAAUCUAGAUGCCCAACAUAUUCCAACUUACCAUCUAUUUGUCAUCUAGAACAACAACCAGGGCAGUGCUGUAAGACACCUAAAUGUGAAUAUAACCAACAGUUUGGUACAUUUACAGGCAACGGAAUGAUCAGUGGUAAAGGAUCAGGAAUUACAAACCCUACAGAUCCACCAUGUGUUGACAAAUUGCCUAACUGUAAACAGUUUGGACCAGAUGUAUGUAGUAACCCAGAUUAUGCCAGCUGGUCUAGAGAAAACUGUCGUAAAUUCUGUGGUAUAUGUGGUGACCAGCCAGGCCCAAAUGAUGUAUGUAUCUACAAGGGUGUCUCCUACAAACAGGGUCAGACUUGGUAUGAUGGAUGUGAUCUUGAAUGUAAAUGUGAACGGGCUAUAUAUGGGUACUACAGAUGUAAUAAGAGAUGUCCAGAUUAUGUAAAUCUUCCACUCAACUGUAACUUGGUUAAAGUAGCCACCGAUUGUUGUAAGAAGGUAGAAUGCACAGGUGGACAGGGAACCUUUGUAGGAUCUGCUCUGACACCUGGACUCAUUGGAAACCAGCCACAACCAACAUUACAGGUUACUCCUUCACCAAUACCAGGACAACCCACACCAAAACCAGGACAAAUUCCACAACUCAUACCAUCUCAAGUUGAUGGAUGUUAUGUGAAUGGCACACUAUACCAACAAGGGCAGAGAUGGGUUGUUGGAUGUGUCCAAGCUUGUCGCUGUGAUGAUGCUAAAGCAGGUCGCUACAGAUGUGACCCUAAAUGUCCAGAAUUCCUGGGAUUGCCUCCUUCUUGUACACUUAUUGAAGACCCCAACGAUAGAUGUUGUAAGAUUCCAGAUUGUCCAGCUAAUGUGAACGGGACUAGGAUAAUUGUACCUGUUCCUCAAUAUGGUCCAGGCUUCUCUGGAUAUGGUCAAGCUCAGUACCAACCAACUGGCAGUGUCCAACCAGGACAAACAUCAUUCACUGGUACUGGUACUGGUAAUGGACCAACAGUUGUGGCAGGAACCAGAAAUGGUUGUUUGUACAAAGGAAAGAUGUAUCAACAAGGCACAAAGUGGGAUGAUGGCUGUGAUUAUAAGUGUACAUGUGUGGAUGCUACACAAGGCAGAUAUCAAUGUAAUGACAGGUGUGCAAAUUUCAUGAAUCUUCCACAACAGUGUAGAUUGAUACCAGAUCCCAAUGAUCGAUGUUGUAAGAAAUACCUCUGUGAUUUCUCUCAGAAGAUUACAACACCAGCACCAUUCUUUGUCAGAACAACACCUGCAGCAGGAGGAGAUUUCUGUGUAUACAAGGGCUCAUACUACAGACAAGGAGAGCAGUGGGAAGAUGGUUGUAGUUUGAGAUGUCGAUGUGAAGAUGCUAGAAACCAUUACUAUCAGUGUACUGACAGGUGUGGCAAAUUUGAGAACAUUCCACUUGGUUGCCAGUAUGUACCUGAUCCAAAAGACCCAACCUGUUGUCGAGUUCCACAGUGCAGUGUCACAGGAACAAUUGGACAAGGAACCAGUGGAUUUAAUCCAGCUGGAUUCAGUGGUAGCUUUACUGGAUACGGAAAACCCCCAGCUCUCUCAGGAAGUGGAAGCCAGAUAUCACAAACUGGAUACUCAAAUGCCUGUAUUUACAAGGGCAGGAUCCACCAACAAGGAGAAGCUUGGCAUGAUGGAUGUGAUUAUGACUGUGAAUGUAUUAAUGCUAAGUCUGGACAAUACAGAUGUACUGAUAGAUGUCCAAGAUAUGGUACACUUCCACCAAAUUGUCAGCUGGUUCCUGAUGUUAGUGACAAGUGUUGUCAGAAAGCUGAUUGUGCCCCAACUUCAUCUGGUUCCUGUUCAGACAAAAUUGCUACAUGUAACCAGUUUGGAAAGUAUGCUUGCGUCAAACCAUAUGAUGGAUGGGCAAAGGACAACUGUGCUAAAUAUUGUGGAUUCUGUGGAACAACAGGUCCUGUAACAACACCAGCACCAUCUACAAUUUGUAUUGACAGGAUUCCUAACUGUAAAGACUACACCAACAGUGUAUGUACUGGACAGUAUGUCAGCUGGGCUGAAUAUAAUUGUCCUAAAUUCUGUAAUUUGUGUGGUGGAACAGGUACAGGCACAGGUACAGGCACAGGUACAGGAACAGGUGGCACAAUGACAGGUACAGGUACAGGUGGCACCGGCACAGGUACAGGUGGCACAGGCACAGGUACAGGCGGCACAAUGACAGGUACAGGUACUGGAACUGGUGGAGGUACAAUUACUGGAACAGGCACAGGUGGAACCUGUAGGGAUGUCCUACCUAACUGUGUUCAGUUCACCAAAAGUUCUUGUCAAGAACCCUAUCUCAGCUGGGCCCAAAAGAACUGUGCCAAAUUCUGUGGAUUCUGUGGAUCAGGAAGUGGUACUAUGACAGGAACUGGUACCGGAGGUGGUACUAUGACAGGGACAGGUACCAAUGGUGGUGUUAUAACAGGAACUGGUACUGGUGGUACAGGAACAGGAACAGGUGGAUCCUUUGUGACAGCCUUUCCUGGUCAGACCUUUACAGGAACUGGUGGUGGAUGUUAUUACAAGAAUCAGCUCCACCAAAAUGGAGAACAGUGGACCGAUGGAUGUGAUUACAACUGCACAUGCUCAGACGGAUCUAGAGGACUGUACACAUGUAGAGCUCUAUGUGGAACUUAUACUAACCUUCCACAAGGAUGCACACUACAGAAGGCACAGGGUGAAUGUUGUGCCAAACCAGUCUGCUCAGGAACUGGAACUGGUAGCAUGACCGGAACAGGUGGUUCUGGUACCUUUACAGGUCAAGGUACAGGAUGUUUAUUCCAGAAGACAGGAAAACUUUACCAGCAAGGACAAACAUUUGAUGAUGGCUGUGACUAUAAGUGCACAUGUACCGAUGCUUCUCGUGGAUAUUAUACUUGUAAAGAAAAAUGUGUAAAAUGGAGUUUACCAAGUCAAUGCAAGAUGAAUCCACCAGCACCAGGAAAAUGCUGCCAGACACCAAAUUGUCCAUCAUCCGUAGUUUUGACAUAUCCUCCUGGAUACGUAGAAGAAUAAACAGAUGAGGAAAAAUAUAAGACACCUAAACAUUCUGUUAUGUAAUAUUAUUUCAAGAAAUUGUAAUUGUAAUUAAAUAAUGAUUUUGUA